UCUCUCUCUCCAACAGGGUCAUCUGGGCAAAGCCCAGGUGCUGGUAGUCGACCUUGGAUGUAGACGCUCGUCUUUGGCGCCCCAAGAUUGUAAACACCUUGAUGAUCAGAUGACGAAACCCAAUGCGCCUCUUACGUGACACUACUAAAGGUAGAACAUUGUUGCCGUUUUUUUCCAACACCGAGUGAAAUGACUCGAAAGCAACCGGCCAUUAACCGCCGAUCGGGGCCGUCAUAUUAUCUGGAAACACUGACAGAUGGGAGGGGAAAAGCUCUCCCUGUCCGCCCCGAUAGUGGUGAUGAAGUCCCUGCUGAGAGAGAAUGAUGUGCUCUGGAAAACAAUGGAGAUCUCUCCUCAAGAUGUUUCCACAACCGGGGAAAUCCAUUGUCUUCGACAACUUCCCGGAUCCCACCGAGGCCUGGGACAUCAUCGAGACCAUCGGCAAAGGGACCUACGGAAAAGUCUACAAGGUGCUCAACAAGCUCGACGGCAGCAAAGCGGCCGUGAAGAUACUGGACCCCAUCCACGAUAUCGAUGAGGAGAUCGAAGCCGAGUACAACAUCCUCAAAGCUCUGUCCGACCACGCCAAUGUGGUGAAGUUCUUCGGGAUGUACUACAAGAAGGACGUGAAAUGCGGGGACCAGCUGUGGCUGGUGCUGGAGCUCUGCAAUGGCGGCUCUGUGACAGAUCUGGCCAAAGGCAUGCUGAAGAGGGGGGAGCGGAUGGAUGAAGCCGUCAUUGCCUACAUCCUGCACGAGGCCCUCAUGGGCCUGCAGCACCUGCACGUCCACAAGACCAUCCACCGCGACGUCAAGGGCAACAACAUCCUGCUGACGACGCACGGAGGCGUCAAACUGGUGGACUUUGGUGUUUCGGCCCAGCUGACCAACACCCGUCUGAGGAGGAACACCUCGGUGGGGACUCCCUUCUGGAUGGCUCCGGAGGUGAUCGCAUGCGAGCAGCAGCUGGACUCGACCUACGAUGCUCGGUGUGACGUGUGGUCCCUCGGCAUCACGGCCAUAGAGCUCGGAGACGGAGACCCGCCCCUCUCCGAACUCCACCCAAUGAGAGCUCUUUUCAAAAUCCCCAGAAACCCCCCGCCGACCCUCCACCAGCCGGAGCUCUGGUCCGACAGCUUUAACGACUUCAUCUGCAAAUGUCUGAUCAAGGACUUUGAGCUGAGACCCAACGUGCUGGACCUGCUGCAGCACGUCUUCAUCAAAGCGAGCGUUGGCAGAGAGAAGAUACUGCAGAAGCAGCUCAUCGAGCUCAUCGACCUCAACCAGCAAAUAGGAAUCAUUGAUAAAACAAGCCAUCACGGAAAGACAGAGCGAAGCACAGACAGUAACGACAGGCAUGAACGCAUCCACACCAAGAGAGGAGGCCACAUGAAGACGCAGAGCGACCCCGACGAGGUGGACGACCUCGCCACCCUCGAGGUUCUGGACGAGAACACGGUCACCGAGCAGCUGCAGAGCCGCUACGGACGAGAUCAAAUCUACACGUACGUGGGAGACAUCCUCAUCGCCGUCAACCCGUUCCAUGCGAUGCAGAUAUACAGCCCUCUGUACACCAAGAUGUACAUCGGAGCGAAGCGCACGGCCAACCCCCCGCACAUCUUCGCCGUGGCUGACAUCGCGUACCAGUCCAUGGUGUCGUACAACACGGACCAGUGCGUGGUGAUCAGUGGGGAAAGCGGAGCCGGUAAAACGGAGAGCGCUCACCUGUUGGUGCAGCAGCUGACGGUGCUCGGGAAGGCCAACAACCAAACGCUGCAGGAGAAGAUCCUGCUGGUCAACAGCCUGGUGGAGGCGUUCGGGAACGCCUGCACCGUCAUCAACGACAACUCCAGCCGCUUCGGCAAGUACCUGGAGAUGAAGUUCGCCUGCGGAGGAACGGUGGUCGGAGCGCAGAUAUCCGAGUACCUGCUGGAGAAGUCCAGGGUCAUCCACCAGGCAGCAGGGGAGAGGAACUUCCACAUCUUCUACUACCUUUACGCCGGCCUGGCUGACAGGAAGAAGCUGGCUCACUACAAGCUCUCCGACAGCAAAACACCCAAGUAUCUGCUGAACGAGCACGUCAAAUUGGGGCCCGACAUAGUGAGCAACAGCUUCUACAAGCAGCAGUUUGAUGCAGUGGAGCAGUGUUUCAAAGUCAUCGGAUUCUCCCUAGAGGAGCUGGGCAGCGUCUACAGCACCCUCGCUGCCAUCCUCAACUCCGGCGACGUCGAGUUCUCUCCGGUCGCCUCGGAGCACCAAACCGACAAGAGCGACAUCGCCAACGCGCCCGUCCUGGAGAACGUGGCGUCGCUGCUGUGCAUCCGCUCGGACGAGCUCCAGGAGGCCCUGACCUCCCACUGCGUGGUCGCCCGCGGGGAGACCAUCGUCAGGCCCAACACGGUGGACAAGGCGGCGGAGGUAAGGGACGCCAUGGGCAAGGCGCUCUACGGGCGCCUCUUCAGCUGGAUCGUCAACCGCAUCAACGCGCUGCUGCGGCCCGACGGCAACCUCGGAGAGGACGAGAAGGGCCUGAACAUCGGCAUCCUGGACAUCUUCGGUUUCGAGAACUUCAAGAAGAACUCCUUCGAGCAGCUGUGCAUCAACAUCGCCAACGAGCAGAUCCAGUUCUACUUCAACCAGCACAUCUUCGCCUGGGAGCAGGACGAGUACCUGAACGAGGAGGUGGACGCCCGCAUGAUCGAGUACGAGGACAACCGGCCCCUCCUGGACCUGUUCCUGCAGAAGCCCAUGGGGAUGCUGUCGCUGCUGGACGAGGAGAGCCGCUUCCCGCAGGCCACCGACCAGACGCUCGUAGAGAAAUUCGAAGACAACCUGAAGACCAAAAGCUUCUGGAGGCCAAAGAGGGUCGACCUGGGCUUCGGAAUCCACCACUACGCCGGAAAGGUGAUCUACAGCGCCGCCGGCUUCUUGGCCAAGAACCGGGACGCGCUGCCGGCCGACAUCGUGCUGCUGCUCCGCUCGUCGGAAAACGAGCUCACGCGCAAGCUGGUCACGCAUCCGCUCACCAAGACGGGUAACCUCGCCCACACUAAGGGGAAAGGCGUGAACACCAUGCGGACGCCGACGCGCAGCCUCACCUUCGCCAAGAUGGGAGUGCUUGCCUUUUACAAUUCUUUCUCUUUCAGCGAGCCUUCUCAGGAUUCAAAGCCGGUCCCUCAAAAAAAAAGCUUGACUCCUCUCGAUGACAAAGAGCAAAUGCAAACGCCGGGCGAACCGGGAGACGCGCCGUCCCACCCGAGAGAAACCACCAACAUGAGGACACAGACCGUGGCCUCCUACUUCAGAUACUCUCUGAUGGAUCUCCUGUCCAAGAUGGUGGCGGGACAGCCGCACUUUGUGCGCUGCAUCAAACCCAACAACGACCGCCAGGCUAACAAGUUCGACCGGGAGAAGGUUCUGGUCCAGCUGCGUUACACCGGCGUCCUGGAGACCGCCAAGAUCAGGCGGCAGGGCUACUCGCACCGCAUCGUGUUCGCCAACUUCAUAAAGAGGUACUACAUGGUGGCGUUCCACGCUCACGAGGAGCCGCCCGUCACCCAGGAAACGUGCGCCACCAUCCUGGAGAACGCCAAGCUGGAGAACUGGGCCAUGGGGAAGACGAAGGUGUUCCUCAAGUACCACCACGUGGAGCAUCUGAACCUGAUGGUGCAGCAGGCCACGCAGCGCAUCAUCCUGCUCCAGGCCUUCGUGCGCGGCUGGAUGGGAGCCAAGCGAUACCGCCGCCUGUUAAAGGACCGAGAGCACAGCGCGCUGGUGCUGCAGUCAGCCUACAGGGGUCACAGGGUGCGGAAGCGGGCGGCUGGUGACAAAAGCAAAGCCAGGUUGGAGGCCUUCAUCGUCCGGUUUCAGGCCGUUUGCAGGGGCUACGUGGCCAAAAAGAAAUACAAGCAGUUGGUGGAGGAGAAGAACAAAGCUGCAACCAAGAUUCAGGCUCGCUACAGAGGCCACAAGGAGAGGAAAAGCUUCAAAAGGAAACGGGAGGCCAAAGAGAAAGAGCAAGCAGAGAAGGCCCUUAAAGGGCAAGAGACCCCCGAGCCGGAGAAGCUGAGCGACCAGGAGAAUGAGACCAAGGCGGCCGUGGUUUUGCAGAGCAACUUCCGGGGCUACAAAGAGAGGAAAAAGUUUAAAGAGAGAAAGAAGACGGCCCAAUCGGAGUCGGCGCCGGAUGCAGCGGUGCAGCCAGAAGCCGGCAGACAGCCGAGAGAGAAUGACGACGAGGACGAAAGCACGUACGAGGCGGAGGAGAACGACGACAGUGAUCACACGCAGGUGCCAGAAGACGAGGAGCGCGCGGAAGCGGAGGAGGGGGUGGAGGGGGUGGAGGGGGGAGGCGCCGGCGGAGACGCUGUGAGCGAAGAAGAGCAGACCAAGGCCGCCACGGUCCUCCAGAGCAACUUCAGAGGCCACAAGGAGAGGAAGAGGCUGCAGGACGAAGGCAAGAUCCCGGCCCGGAGAGCAAAAAGGGCCCCCGGUGAGGAAGACGCGGCCGCAGAGGAGGAAGAGCUGCCCGGAGACCAAACCCCGGCAGAGGCGGGUGUUCCCUCGAGCGGCGUCAAGUCAGAAGAGCGAGACGAGGCCAGAGCGGCCGUGGUGCUUCAGAGCAACUUCCGCGGCCACAAGGAGCGCAAGCGGCUCGAGGAGGAAGGAAAGAUCGUAAGGAAGAAGAAGAAGAAGGAGGAGGAGGACGAGCGGACGCCAGAGGCGGGAUCCACGCCGGGCUCUUCGGACGAGGAGAAAGCCGCCACCGUCCUCCAGAGCAACUUCAGAGGCCACCGGGACCGGAAGAAGCUGAAAGCCGACAGGGAAGCACGGGAGAAGACGGCGGGGGACGAGGGGGAGGGGGAAGGGGAGGAGGCCCUGGACGUCGCCGACGUGACGACGGAGCGCCAGGAGGACGCAGCCGGCGAGAGGGAGAGGCUGGAGGAGGAGCAGGCCGCCGUGAAGAUCCAGAGCAACUUCAGAGGCCACAAGGACCGAAAGAACCUCGAAGCCAACAAGCAAAAAGCGAGGACGGAAGCUGCACGACUGGAGAGCUUCUCCAAGCAGAUCACGAAGACCUCUCAGGACUUUGCGGCCCUGCAGACCAAGCUGAACGAGAUCAUCCAGGCCCAUCAAUCAAACCCCGAGAACAACGGCAUGUUUGUGAGAGGGAACCCAAUCAAUGGCUACGCGCCUCCCAACCACCAAUCAACCGACGGGAGACAGCCGAGGACGCCCCGCAGGACGCAGCAGCCGAAGACCCUCAACACGCCGGAGGACUCCACCUAUUACAACUUGAUUCACCGGUCCGUCCAGGAUGAUAAACGCAAGCCCAGGAAGGAGGAUCCGGGGAAGCUGCUGGACGUGGAUGACCACUACUACCGGACGCUGUCCAGCAGCAGGUCCGAGCCCUGCCUCUUCCCGGAGGACGCGUCGCCGUACGGAACGCCCGAGAGGAGGCUGUCUCUCGGGAGGAGGGGCUCCGUGGACGGCGGGAUGUCCCCUGAGACCCUCCCCCCGCCCGCCGCCGGCAGACCGACCCGAGAGAGGGCCGUCACGGAGCCGCAGCCCCCCAGGACCGCCUGCAACGACAGAUUCUUACUUCCCAGAAUGCCCUCCACGGACAGUCGGACUGAGGACAACCCGUUUGACUUCAGACAUCUGCUGAGGAAGACCUCCCAGAGACGAAGGCUCAUCAAACAAUACUGACCUCACAACUGGACGUUUUAACCGAUCAGCACAUAAUCUGAAUGGUGUUAGAAGACGCCUGAGGAUUUUAUCCAUCAAAGCUCCUCAAAACAACUGAUAUGUUCCGUGUGUGAAAAGCACUGAAUGCAUUGAUUGUAAGUCGUAUUGAUCUUAAUGCAAAUGCGGCGAAAGUAAAUGUAAAUAAUGAAAGGCUUUCCCCUUAAAACUGUAAAUGGAGGUUUUAUUUAUGUGUAAACUAGACAUUGCUACUAGCUCGUUCUGCUGCACACGUUUUCUUUGGUCAAAUAUAGAGUUUUCCACUUUAACACCAAAUAGAAUUGCAUAACAUGUAAAUACAGAAUCCAUGCUGCUAAACUUGAAUACUUUGCAUUUCAAGCCAUUUCGUUGAAUGUGUGUCUUUCAAAAGCUGCAUCACUGUUGUCAAAUUGCUGUGAUCUGUGCUUUGUUCAACGUAAAAUAUAUUAAAUCUAGGGCCGGGACUUUAGCGCGUUAAUUACGAUUAAUUAAUUACAACGUGAGUUAAGAUUGAUUAAUUACACAAAAAAUAACACAUUAAACAUUUUUACGCAUUUUACACUUAUUUUUUGCACCGCGGAACGUUUCUCACUGGAUGAGUUUCAGAGGACCGAUAUACUGGAGCACCAACUAGCGUUCAUGACUUCAGACAACAACAAACCACAGUGAACAUGAACGAAGAAGCUGACGAGACCGUGUCGGGUGGCCCCGUAAAUGGGAAAUCUUGUUAUAAUAAACUCGGCCCUAAUAAUAUAUAUAUUAUAUAUAUAUUGACCGUACAUAUAUUUUUUUAGAAUAAUUUUUUACCUAUAUUUAAAAAAAAUCUUUUCUUUUUUGACCCUACAUAUUUUGACUUUUUUCACAAUAUUUUUUUCCCAUGACAUGACUGGAAUGAUCUUAGAUGGAGCAACCUACACGUCCCUGUCACUAAUGCCAAAUGCCCCAAAUUUCUGUACUUUAAACCUUAUCUGGGUUCAACACUCAAGGGACAUGGUGGCUCUUCCUAAAUCCUUUUUUAGUUUUGGGUAACUGACAUUUAUAAAAAAUCAUAAUGGGAUAUUGCCCCAGAGACGGAUUGGUGCAUCUUGGAGGAUCAACCAUGCUAUUCAUCCUUCCUGCAUUGGUAAAGGCACAAGUGAGUUGAAUUUGAAUGUAACAGAGAAUUGGAGGGUGGAUGCACUAAAAAGGGUAAACAAAUCUACACCCUGUGCCAGACUGUCAGUUUAAGGUUGUCCACAGGAUGCCCUGAAGUAGACAAACAUGUGAUUGUCUUGAAAAAGGCCCUCAGAGGCUGUAAUAAGUUUCAUGUCCGUGUGACCACUGAAUGAGACACAUCUGCUCAUCUUUACUGACUCAUCCGGCCUUCUCUCCCGUCAAAAAGGUGGAACCGUAUAGGCUACGUAGCAUGGCUAAUAAGUGAUAAAAGCUUAAUUAGCAAUUAACAUCAAAUUUAGUCAAUUCAUCAUCAUUCAAAAGAUUCUUCAUCUUUCAUGACAAUGCCAUCAUAACUCAAGUGAACGCGCCUUGUGUUUCUGCAUAACCCCCAGGGUUCACUUCUCUGAAACAACCAGUGGGGACAAUGCCCCCACAACUACCUCCACGGUAGUGCG